AUGGUCGUCUACGUCGUCGCCCAAAUGACGAUCCACGACCCUUCCACCUACCUCAAAUACACCUCCGUCUCCCACAAAUCAGUAACGCGGCACGGAGGCAAGUACCUCACCCGUGGCGAGCCGCUCUCUGUGCUCGAAGGCGACGCUCCCGAGCAGCGGAUGGUGAUCUUGGAGUUUCCAGACGAAGAAGCGGCGAGGAAGGCCUUCAGCGAUCCUGAGUACGUAGAAGCCGCAGGGUUUAGGCGUCAGGCUUCGAAAGGAUACAUGGUUAUGCAGAAAGGUUCGGAGAGGGGGGAGAAUCCAGAUCCGCAUGUUUGA